CGGGCGUCAGUAUAAAAAAUGUUGAGUGAUGUGCAUAGUGGGUUAGAGCUUCCCCGCGAUUUCGUUGAUGCUGCCAUAGUCCGGGGAAAAUAUGAAUUUUACCAUUACAACGUAGAUGGUUUCGAUGACAGGGGUUGGGGAUGUGGAUAUAGGACACUGCAGACAAUUUGUUCUUGGGUGGGUCAUGUAUUAGAGAUUCAGAAUCAUCCAGUGCCUAGCCUUCAAGACAUACAGAAGACUUUGGUCAAAAUGGGGGAUAAACCAGAUUCUUUUGUGGGAUCAAGAGAAUGGAUUGGCUGUGUAGAGGCCUGUCUCUACAUGGAUCAGACUUUUGGAGUUUGCAGUAAGAUCAUUCAUGUUUUACAAGGGGAAUCUGUGGAGCAGAAAGCUGCACCAUUUCUUCUGGAACAUUUUAAACAUUUUGGUUCACCUGUAAUGAUAGGUGGAGAUGUUGAUGCUUCAUCCAAGACACUGCUUGGUGUUUGCAAGACAAACAAAACAUUUCACUUCUUAAUUGCUGAUCCACAUUUCUAUGGAGAGGCUGCUAUGAAAGAAAUCCAAGACAGUGGCUGGGUUCAAUGGAAGAGCUAUAAUGAUGUUUUCAAAUCAAAUUCUUUUUAUAAUUUCUGUCUUCCACAGUUUAGUUUGGGUGAAGACUGAAGAUGUUGUAGCUGCAAUUUCUCUAUAUUUUUUGUUCUCUCACGCUGUAUUUUUGUGAAGAGUCAUCUAUUUUUUUCAGAUAUUAACAACCUAUAAUGGAUAUGAACUAACUAAGAUUUUCCUGGGUGAUUUAGCCUAUUCUCCUCUGACAUUCCCAACUGUUAAGAGCAUACAACUUAUUUUUCGAGUAACAAACCAACUGUAGUUAUGACACCACACUUCAAAUUUUUUUCAGGCAAAAAAAAUGAUAGACUGAAUUUGAGUAUUCAUUUCACAAGUUAAGUAAAAGUGUUAUUGGACUCUAGAUUGAUAGAUCUUGUUUUGAGACCUAUUCAUUGUGGUGUGCUUUGGGCAAAAAUUUUACUUUGAUAAUGCUCUUUUCUAUCAAGAAGUAUGAGUGGGUAACAAAAAAACUGAGUGGAAAAAAUUGUUGAAAAUGGUUUGAGGUAACCUGUCUUGGAUUGGCACCGGCAGCCUUUACAAAAUAUCUUGUUACUUAAUGUUUUGGAAAAUGUAAUAAGCUCCCAUAGUACAAGUGACUAGCCUUUUCGAAAUUCAUUUUCCUUCUAAGAUUUGGGUUUUCAUUUUGCAUUUUCUCAAAUACUGUCACAUUCUUCCCACCAGGAUCUUGUCCCAUUUUUUUCCACAAAAAAGAGACUAAACCAGAUUUAAUUUAAAAAUGUUAUUUAAUUAUUUUACAAUUCAAAUACGAAAAAUUCAGAAAGUUAACUUAAUGCAAAUUUAGGUGCAAUUUUUAAAAUAAAAGCUGCCAAAGGUUGCAAAAUAUUUUGGUUUUUACCAGUAUAAUCAAACAAGUAAACAUUAACUGAAGAGCAAAACUGUCAAAGAUUUCAAAAAUCUAUCAAAAGAAGACAUCUACUGCUUAAACAUGGAUUUUUUUAUGUUGAAAUGAAAAAUUAACUGAAGGGAGAAAAAUACAUGGAUAUCUGUAGCUGUAUCUGUACCAUGAAUUUUGGUUUGUUUUGUGUUUCUUUUGUAUGUCUCAGGUACACGUAAUUGCAAUUCUGUUUCCAAAAAAAAAAAUAGAAUUAAACUUAUCAAUUAGCUAGUGCAAACCUUGAAGGUUUGAUGAAAGGCAAGGUUGUGAUGUUCUUCUGAGGUGUCUUUACAUCCUCACCUCUGAAUUGGAGGUCUGAGGUCCUUUUCAACUUGACUGCUGAGGAUGUAAUUAACUCAUCCUUUUUUUUUUUUAGUUUUAAAAAACUCUCAAUUGUUGCAAUAAGUGCAUACAGUGGAGCCCCAUGAUCUCAAUUCCAAUUGUUGUGAAUAAACUGUGAUUCCAUGUACUGAUGUACCCUUUUAAGACUUAUAUCACUGUAAUUUAACCCUUGAAAUUUUGAACUUUUUAGCUCAUACCUGUCUUUUAAAUUCCACGUGAUUAAGAUGCCGGGACUCCACUCUAUCCAUUUUCAUUUUUUUUAGGGAUGAGUCCCAUUAAUGUGCUAACACACUCAUGGAUGAGCAGUUAAAGAAAGUGUCGGAAGUGACCUAAUUAUCUUCUCAGAUAUGU